AUGGAGGUGAGCGUCCUGGCGCUGCGGGACCUGGCGAGCGCCCGGCCGGGGCGGCGGGGCCGCGCCGAGGCGGCCCAGAAGGAAAACAUAUAUGAUCGAUCCAGGAUGGCCCCAAAGACUCCCAUUAAGAAUGAACCUAUUGAUUUAUCGAAGCAAAAAGGCUGCACACCGGAAAGAAAUCCAAUUACACCUGUUAAGAUCACUGACAGACCUCAACCUGAUCCCUGGACUCCUACUGCUAACCUGAAGAUUCUUGUUAGUGCUGCUAGUCCUGACAUGAGGGACAGGGAAAAGAAGAAAGAGCUCUUCAGACCCAUAGAAAACAGUGAGCAGAGUGACACACCUGAUUCGUUACAGUAUGUUAUAGUAGAUGACAGCACGGUUGAUGAAUUUGAAAAGCAGAGGCCCAGCAGAAAACAGAAAAGCUUAGGACUCUUGUGCCAAAAGUUUCUAGCUCGCUAUCCAAAUUAUCCAUUGUCAACAGAGAAAACUACCAUUUCUUUGGAUGAAGUGGCUUCAAUUCUUGGAGUUGAGAGGAGACGAAUUUACGAUAUUGUGAACGUCCUGGAGUCAUUGCAGUUGGUCAGUCGUGUGGCCAAGAACCAAUACUGCUGGCAUGGCCGGCACAACCUCAAUCAAACUCUGAAAAUGCUUCAGGAGGCAGGAGAGCUGCAGUAUGGAGAGUUAAUGACCUCCCAGAACAAGGAACAGGACUUAGAAUACAAAUUUGGAGAACGGAAAAAGGAAACUAUUCCAGAUUCUCAAGACAGACCAUUACUGGACUUUUCAGAACCGGAUUGCACCUCUGCAUCUGCAAACAGCAGAAAGGACAAGUCAUUGCGGAUUAUGAGCCAAAAGUUUGUCAUGCUGUUCCUUGUCUCCAAGACCAAGAUAGUCACUCUGGACAUCGCAGCAAAGAUACUGAUAGAAGAAACCCAGGAUACAGUGGACUACAGCAAAUUUAAAACAAAGGUACGAAGACUGUAUGAUAUUGCCAACGUUCUCACCAGCCUAGGCUUGAUCAAGAAAGUCCACGUCACGGAGGAGCGAGGACGCAAACCAGCUUUCAAGUGGAUUGGGCCUGUGGAAUUCCCUGAAAAAACUGAUGAGCUGAGAGGUCACAGCCCAACAUCGGAUCCUCUGCCAGAGACACAGAGAGGAGCCUGUGCCCAGUACCAGAGCAGUGCUACUGCAAAGCAAAGGUUUACACGUCACGCUUCAUUUAACAGUGCACAGCCUUGUGAGGCAACCAGAAGGAAGGUCUGUUCUGAGCCUAACAGCCCACGUCAAGAGAGGCAAGCCUGUAUCGUGAAUUCAGAUGAAAAUUGUUCGGAAAUGAUAAAUCUAGCAGCUAUCUGCAGGCAGAAAAUAGAAGAAGAUACUGGGAAUAAAGCUUGUGACACUGAAACGAUACUAAGUUCAGCAAAGAGCUCCAACAUAAGCUUACCUUUCUCCCUUCUUCCGGUUCCUGGGGACUCUGAUUUUUGUGUUAACCCUUUGCCUCAGGCAGUUUUCCCUGUGGUUCAGGCAGAUGUGCCAAACUUCUCACUACCAAAUGGUAUCAGCAGCCAGGCUUCACACUCUUCCACUCCAGCAGCCUCCAAAACAGAAAAUGGAAAAGCUACCCUGGUCCCCAACCAACCCUUCCUGUGCUUCCCUUCUUCAUCCCUUUUUAUGUUGUGUGGUGGUCUUCAGGAAAAUAACUUGAGGGAGCACCUGCCCACUGCGGGAGACCUGGGAAACAGGAGUGCAGAAGCUCAGGCUGCUGUACCUCCCUCUGGCUGCCAAAAGCGCAGCUCCCACAAGUGCUCAUCGCCCUCUGCACCUGUAGAUGAUGAAGAGCCAGCUGCCAAAAAGCAGACGUUGGAGCACAAUGAUCUGCCCCUCUCACUUGUAGUACCCAAGAAGCCUUCUGAGUCACCCAAGGCAGAAUCUUCCCCAGGAAGUGGCUGUUCAGCUGCUGUACAUCUAGAAACAAAUCAUCUUGACCUUGCAAGUCCUGCUGCUCCAGAGGUGGCAAACAAGGAGUCUACUAAGCCUUUAGAUUGUCAGGAGCAAGAAAAACAAUCUCAGAAAAAAGACCCUGAUGAACCCCCUCCAGGAAAUGAGCACAUCUCUAAAGAAAAUGCCAAUCAACCUUUCCAACCACAGUACCUUUAUGUUCAGCCUACUACUGGAUUAAGCAGUUUUAAUUUCCUGUUCUCUGCAAACCAAGCCCCUGGUGCCAUCAGCCUGGCUGCGAACCAGUUGCCUUCUCUGAGUGUACCCUGUGUCAUGGUGCCAUCAGCAGCCUUGGCUUCCUUCCCUCUCGUCUGUUCUCCUUCGUUCACCAGUCCUCUUUCCUCAGUUCCUGAUGGCUCCUUCUCAGCUGCUGCCUCCACGAAUUUCAGCAUGUCCAGCCUGGCAUCAACCACCCCUGUGUUCAUAAGCACCACGGCCGUUGUCACCCCCAAGGUCUCACCCGCCCCUUCGGUGGAUCCACAGCAGCCGGCUCCCCCGGCUCUGCACCUGAGUCCUGUCCUUACAAGAUCUUGCAGUGCUGUUAAGCUGGACUCCCCUGUGUGUAUGGGACACCCGGUGACCCUUCUGAAGCUGCAGCAGCCUUCGUCAGCUCCUCUCACUCCCAAGAGUAUUCGUCCUGCACAUAAUGAGGCAUUUUUCAAAACUCCUGGAAGUCUUGGAGACCCUGUGGCAUGGAAGAAAAAUGAAGGCAACCAGACCAGAAAUGCCAGCUCUGUGCAGAGGAGACUGGAAAUCUCUAGUACCAGCCCUGACUAA